ACACUCUCUGUCUCUCCCAGCUCAACAAUGUCCGGCGUGUGUCUCGUUCUCGCUCUCGCCCUGCUGGUUGUCGCCAUGCCGACGACGACCCGGGCCGCCGUGGUGGUGGAGGAAGGCUAUCCCAUCAUGUGGCAGAAGUGCCCGGCGAGCCUGGCGGAGAUGCCCGCGGCGGCGGUGGACGGCAGCACGGUGACCUUCGACCCCUGGCAGUACCCGCAGCGCAUGGCCAUGUACCGCCUGCUGAUGAGCGGCACCGAGCCACACAUGAAGUCCAUGGGGCCCUCGGCCAAUGACAACCCACUCUGGGGACUGCCCCUGCAGCUGGGCUGGAAGCUCAAGUCAGGUCGGCUGGUUGACCCCACUGAAGCGACCACAUGUGGCAAGGAGAGCGAAGACAUGUGUAUCUCCCCGAGCAGCUGGUGGGCAUGUGUGAACUACUUCCUGUCCGUGAUUCCCUUCCUGUCCGCGGAGCAUGCUGGCCUCAUCGGGCAGGCCGACACCAAAAUCAUGGUGGCAGCGCCCUCUGAGGGAGCGGAGGACUACUGCACGUCCUACGCGGACUGCUCCACCAAACACGCCGACCUCAUGGCCAAAUGGGACUCCUUCUUCACUACGCUGAAGACAGCCAGUGAGUCUGACGCUCCGGACGCUGACAAGAGGAACCAGAUCCUCAGCACCAUGUGGGCCGCCCAGAAGGCAUCACUAGAGCAGGCCGCCACAACCUGCGCACCCAGGAAGGCGGCCUACUCCAGUCCCGAGACUUCCUUCGCCCAGAGCUGGAUCAACUCGGCCAACUACGUGAGCGCCGCCUACUUCCACUCCGGCCUGGACAAGUCGGUGCAGUUCAUGUCGCCGCUGCCCAGCCGCGUGCUGACCGCCCAGGACAACCCGCCCAACAUCUCUGACCUGAGCGCCGAGGAGAACCACACGCUCUACAUCUUCGGCUGGAUGAACAGCAUCAACAACCUCCUGGGUGGUACUCUGGUGCGUAUGUGGCAGAGUGCCAUGUGUUCGGACUCCGCAAGGGAGAAGGGCAGAGCGCUCCUGGAUGACCUGGUGCUCAACCCCAAAUUUGCCGUCUCGGGCCUGCUCUCCAUUCUCACCGAGAUGGCCACCUCCUGCUGAGGCUGUGACGACGACGUGAUGACGACACAAGCGCACAAGAAAGAGAUGAGGAUACAAGUGCGCUAGGAGACAAGGAUACAAGUGCACAAGGAGACGAGGAUACAAGUGCACAAGGACACAGGGACAUGACGACUCCAGGACACAUGGAUACAAGCGCAGCAAAAUUAUAAAAACAAAACAGGGGUGAAUUUCUCGAAACCAAAGUUGCUUACUACAUUAGCUAAUUUGUUGUUUUCAAUGCAUUUUCCCAUUGACAACUACUGAAGUUGCUAACAGGCUAACCAUUUCUCUUUUGAGAAACUCAGCCCAGCAUUGGAUUUGGAUUGGGUCCAACAUUGGAUCCAACAUUUAGAGUACUCCGGGACAAAAUACAAUCUAGAAGAUGUUAAAUCGACUCGAUUUAAGUGUUGAAUUAACACUGUAUGUGUUUAUUGUGAGGAUACCAAUGCAUUCCAGCGUCCAUUCUCGAUUAUCCAUCUUCCUUAAUCUUUGAUAUCACAUGCCACAUUGGCAAAUCCCAUGAUUUUAUUAAUAAAUGUACUUUCCACCAAACGUU